CUCUGUCGGUGACUCGGCGCUUUCCAUCGACUUUGUCCCCCACCCCGCCUUAGGUGGCCCGCCGCUCAGAAAAAAAGUUCCCAUACUUUUAUUUCAGUCCCUCCACCACUUGAAGACCGCGACCCUCAAUACGACAAAAUCAUUCGUGGCCAAGUGCUUUGUUCAAUACCCAGCACACGGCACUGUAUUAUCUCAAUGACUUCUCGGUAGCUUGUGUGGCAGCUCUAGGGAUAUUGAGAGGAUCUCUAGAGUCAAUUGAUUCCUGAAUCCAAGUUUCGCCAUGUUGGUGACCAAGCAUGGCGCUGAGCUAUGCGCUCACCUCGUCAACGAUAUAUGCGGCGAGCUACCUGCACGAAUUCUAGCUGUGCUAUUCAGCAAGGGCAGAUCUACCAUUGCUCAACUUAUCCAAACCACUGGUCUUACUCCGCGGCAGCUGCGCCAUGGCCUAGCCCUCCUCGUUCAGCAAAGCCUCAUUUACCACGAGUCCGACUCCAAUAACAAGAUCGGCACGUAUGAAGCGAAUCCCGAUGGAUGCUACAAUAUUAUCCGCGCUGGAAAAAUAAUCGAGAUGGUUGGCACCGAAUUCGGCCCCGCGGAACAGGAGAUUGUACAAACUAUUAUGCAGCUCGGCCACGCUCGGGUGUCGGAUCUCUUACAGGCUUUCGAGGGGAGGAACGGGACAGGUCUCAAUGGCGACCAUGCGACGAAUGGCCAUGUCAAUGGCAACGGCUCUAAGGCAAAGGUCAACGGGCAUGGGCCGUCGCAUGCGGCUCAGGAGCUCCACGCUGUCUUGAAUCGGCUAAUUGUGGCGGAAAUUGUUGACCAGGUUGGGCCCAAGACGUUCAGAAACCCUGAAGACGUUUACCGCGAAAUCGAAGAGGAGGUCACCAAAACGGCCCCUGGCGAGCGAGCGACAGCACGGAACAAAGAACUCAUGCAAACAGAAGUUUCAAAGAGACUCCGAGAGGCACGCGACGAGAGCAAAAAGUUGAAGCGACAAGUCGGACGAGGUAACAUGUUUUCGACCAAGCGGAGGAAGCUUGCCAAUGGCAAAGGAGCAAGAGAAUCCGCAGACUGGGAUGAGGAUGUACCUGAGAUCGAUUCGCACAUUGUUCUCAGGGUCAACACCGAGAAGUGUCUCGUUGAGCUGCGAAACCAGAAGCUAGCCCAGUACGCAGCCGAUGCUUUUGGAGAAGUCACCGGCCUUGUAUACCACACGGCUUUACGGCUGUUGACGCAACAGGUGUCCCGUUGUCAGUUGGAUCCGAGAAUCGACUCUGAUAACGACGCAGACGGUCCAGGCUCAAACUCACGCCAAGCCACUGUGACCAGUCUGGAAAUACUCGAAAACCUUGAUGAAUCCGUUGACGUCUCUCAUGGAGUUGGAAAGGCUUCUGCGGAUCAGAUUGACGUUCGCAGUGCUGAGAAGGUUAGAGCCACGCCAGGCCAGCCUAUGUACGAUUCCGACGACUCUGAUUAUGAACCUCCGAUGGCUCCGAGGGCUUCUGCUCGUCCCAACAUGAACGGCGCAGCAGAUUCGGGCGAUUCCGAAGACGAGGGGCCACGGACAGCUUCUGGAUCCCGCGAGGUCAGAUUCGAAGAUGGGCCCAUAUUCGGCGCUAGCCGUAUCGAUCAAAUGCGGCAGCAUUUGCUACUACUCUCUGAAAGCCGUCAAGGAUUUCUGCGGCACUGUGGCAGUCAAGGCCGAGGGCAGUGGACCGUCGAUUUCAAGCCAUUAAUCGAGGGUUUUAAACAGACGGAGGUGGAUGCCGUCAUCGAGCAGUCAUUCGGUCGGCAUGGACUGCGUUUGACUCGCAUUAUGCGAGAGAAGGGCAAGUUGGACGAGAAGAUGCUCCCAUCUCUCGCUCUCAUGAAGAAAGGAGAGGUUCAGGGCAAAAUGCUUGCCAUGCAGAUGGCCGGCUUCGUUGAUGUUCAGGAGGUUCCCAGAGAUGCCAGUCGAACAGCGACGCGAACAAUGUUCUUCUGGUUCUUUGACAUUGAAAGGACCGAGGCGCAGCUGGUUGAUGACUACUACAAAGCGAUGCUUCGAUGCCUUCAAAACCUGGAAGUGCAUCGCUACCGAGAACGCAAUAUUCUGUCAUUCGUCGAGAGAAGGGACGUAAAGGGCAAGGAGGAAGAGGUCAUGACUGCAGAACACUACAACAAGUACAGCAAGUACCUGGAGUUGCAGAGCAAACUUCUUGCUCAUGUCAUGAGACUGGACGAACUAGUGGGAGUCUUCAGAGACUACUAGAUUGAGGCAUAGAACCGUACACUACGCCUCAGGUGCCACCAUCAUUGGCAUAUGCAAUGAGCUAUUGGGCGAGUGGCUCAAAAUUGGGGAGGGCAAAAGGAUGAUAGAUACCCAAAAUCAAAAGGAAGCGCAG